UUAUCUCCAAACACUUUAGCUCGAUGGGCAAAAGAAGUAGCAGAAAUCUCCAUGCAAGAUAAUUUACCUCAAUUUUUAAAUCGGUUUAGCUUGUAUGGAAUUUUAGUAGAUAAAAAUACCAGAGGAGAAAAAAAAUAUAACUUUAACCUAGACCGUUGUUCAGUAUCUAUAGUGUUAUUAAGUGUUGGAGAAGCAAUUAAUAAAAAUUUAUUAAAUCCAUCACAAUGUUAA